CACAAAUUAUUGAGUCAUUUCUUUCCUUAGCAUACACCUGAUCUGAUUUCCACAGAGAGAGAGAGAGAGAGAGAGAUAAUUUUGCAGAACAUGGCUGAAUUUGUUUAUGGCGUAGCAGUAAUUGUGGUAGAAAAGCUAAGCUCCAUUUCCUACCAUCAGAUUUGCUUGGCGUUGGGGUUGGAAGGCGACCUAAAAAGGCUUAAAGAAACCAUGGCCACCAUCAAAGAUGUUCUCCUUGAUGCCGAAGAGAAGCAGGCACAUGACAAAAGGAUAACAAGCUGGCUCACUCAGCUUAAAGAUGUGUUUCUUGACGCCGAGGAUGUACUAGAUGAAUUCGACUGUGAGGAACAGCGGAGACAAUCGGUGAAGAAACAUGGCAGGACUGGUAGAAAGGUACGUCGUUUCUUCUCGCGCUCUAAUCCACUCGUCUUCCGCGCCAGUGUUGCUCGUGCUAUUAAGGACAUAAGAGAGAGAUUAGACCAAAUUGCAGCAGAUAAGAAAAACUUUGAUCUCAAUUCGAGACAGGAAGAAAGGCGUUUGACGAAUGAGUGGAAGGAAGUGCACUCGUUCGUUGAUCCUUCGGAUGUCAUUGGCAGAGACAUUGAUCAGAAGAACAUAAUAAGUCUUUUGACAGAUGCUGCAAGUGAUGAUCAUGAUGAAAUCCAUCCAAAACUCUCUGUUAUUCCUAUUCAUGGAAUUCCAGGCGUGGGAAAGACUACGCUUACCCGGCUUGUUUACAACCAUAAAAGAGUGCGUUGCUACUUCGAAUUGAAGAUGUGGGUUCAUGUCUCAAAGGAUUUUGAUGUACCGAGAUUAAUUAAAGAGAUACUUGACUCAGCAACGGGUAAAAAAAAUGACAAUUUAACCUUUGACCAGGUGCAAACUCAGCUGCGAGAUAAUUUAGAGGGUAAAAGAUUUUUGCUUGUUUUGGACGAUGUUUGGAAUGGCGACCGCAGCCGAUGGAUUGAGUUGAGAAGUCUUUUGACAGGAGGUUCCAAGGGAAGUAAAAUCAUAGUGACCACUCGUAGCGCAAACGUUGGCGACUGUAUGGGCACAAUUUCACCUUACAACUUGGAAGGCCUUUCUGAUGAGCAUUCUUGGAAUUUCUUUCUCAAAUGUGCUUUUAAGGAAGGAGUAGGACAUGAACAAAAUCGGAAUCUUCUGGACAUCGGUAGGCAAAUACUCGACAAGUGCAAAGGGAUUCCGUUGGUAGUGAGAACUUUAGGGAGCCUAUUGUACUCGAAUCAGGACGUUCAGUAUUGGAGGUACAUAAGUGAAAGCAAGUUAUGGGAAGUGGUAGCAGAGCCAUAUAGGAAAGGCAUUUUUGCAGCAUUACUAUUAAGCUAUAGUGAUUUACCAUUUCACUUAAAGAGGUGUUUUCUUUAUUGCUCACUUUUCCCUAAAGGCAAGGAGAUCUUCAGUUUGGAACUGAUUCAACUUUGGAUGGCACAUGGAGUCCUCAUACCGAAACGAAAUGAAUACAGAAGUUUGGAAGAUAUUGGGCAUCAAUAUUUCAAGGAAUUAUGUUCAAGAUCUUUCUUUCAAUAUGUGAAGAAACAAGGUUGGUAUUACUCAUUUUCUAUGCAUGAGCUCAUUCAUGAGUUUGCACAACUUGUGGCUCAAAGUGAGUGUUGGAUAAUAAACUCUCCUGAAAGUGACAUUUGUAACCGAGUUCGACAUUUAUCAGUCAAUCAACUAAGUGGGAAUGAGAUUCCUUCUUGCUUAGACAACCUAAAUAGUGUUCGAACCAUUAUUUUCCCAUUCCUUCUAACGGAGCCUUUGAGCGAUUUCUUUUUCAAGAAAUACCUCUGGAAGUACGAGUGCUUGCGAAUGCUCGAUUUGAGUUAUUCGUCUUUUGAAACAUUUCCAAGUUACAUUGGAAGAAUGAAGCAACUGAGGAAUCUCAACUUGUCUCAUAAUCGCAAACUUGUCAAUCUGCCUGAUUCCAUCACCAAGCUGCAAAGCCUGCAAAUUCUACAACUUCAAGGAUGUUCCAACUUGGAGAAACUUCCAAAAAACAUAGGGAACUUGAGUAGCCUCAUGUUUCUGUCGAUAACCACAAAGGAGAUGUGUUUUCCUGAGAAUGGCAUAGAAUGUUUGACUUCUCUCCGGACACUGAUGAUUGUGAGUUGUAACAAGCUCAGUUACUUGUCUGAUAGGAUCAUGGGAUGCCUAACUGCGUUGGAGACACUCGUGAUUAGCUAUUGCGAAAACUUGGCAUUGUUCGACGACCAAGAUGAGAAAGUCAAACGGUUGAGCCUGCAAAAAUUGAUUUUCAUGGACUUACCAAAGAUGAGGGCUCUCCCCAGAUGGCUUGAAGGAUGUCAAAACACUCUGCAGUACUUGUGUCUGGGAAGUUGUCCCAACUUAACAUCAUUGCCUUUUUGGCUACCGAAAACUGCAUCCCUUCAGCAAAUGGAAAUCGGGGCAUGCCCUAAGCUUUGCUCGCUACCGGAAGGAAUGCAUCGUCUGGCUUCCCUACUAGAACUGAGAAUUGCCAAGUGUCCUAAUCUCAUGGAAUAUCUUCAAUCUGUCGACGGCAAGAAUUGGUCUAUGAAGAUUCAUUUUGUUGAUUAUCUUGAGCCUCAUAGCCAAGAUAGGAUGGAGUCAUUAACAAGUGAAGAACCAAGACAAACUGAACGGUUUUGGACUGAGGAAGAGGACACCAAGCUUAUACAGACUGUGGUAGAGUUAUACAACAAAGGAAAAUUCAAAGUUGAAGAUUCUUUUAUUGGGCAGGGUUAUAUGGAAGCUAUUAGGAGAUUAUUGGUAGCCAAGUUUCCUGAAUUUGACCAAACUACUGAAGACAUGAUCGAGUCUAGAAUCAAGACACUUGUGUCAAAGUUUCACUUUGUCCAUGAAAUGUUGACUAGACAGAGUAGUGGUUUUCUUCGAGACUCGAAAAGAAGAUUGUGACUGCAGAGAAGGGGGUCUGGGAUGCUUACUUACAGAGGCAAUGGGUUUUGGAAACAAAGCAUUCCCAUUUUGCGAUGAGUUAUGCAUAUAGUUUUUGGUAAAGAUAAUGCAAUUAUGAAGAACUCAGCUGAGAUCACACUAGCUAAUAAUGGUAUCAAAGGAAACGACAGUAAUGAGAGCAGUGGGAAUGAAGAAAACGAAUAUGAUCUUGAAGCAAAGGAGAGAGCCUAGUAAUGUUGGCUUUGGAAAUCGCAUUGGAGUGGGAUUUAAGGAAGUGACACAUGUCGUUACUGAAGAAAUCAGGGACUCAACUAAUCGUUUAACUAGAGGCAUUUUCCAAGAAAUUAAUGAAUAAUAUACCAGGCUCAAUGACGAAUUAUUGAAGAUCCCCACUCUUACAGUAGUGGAAAGACAUAAAGCUACCCGCCUCAUUAGUCAAAAUAAUGCCAGUCAAUAUGUUUUUUGGUCUUCCUGAUGAGGAGAAAGAGGAAUGGGUGAGGGCUCUUCUCACUGGCUCUAUUUAGUAUGUAUGUGUGUCUAUAUAUAAAUAUAUAUAGAUAUAUAUGUAUGUAUGUAUGUAUAUACUUAGUGUAUGUAUCUAUGCAUAUAUAUAAUGUAAUGGGUUGUGCUGAUUGUUUAUUUGGUACUAUAUGUAAGAGAUUUAAACAAGUGAAGACUACUUUGUUGUGUUGUUGCACGUGCAGCUUAUGUUGAUGUAAAAAGUAGAGUUGUUGAUGUAAAAAAAAUACUAUUAUGAAAUAUCAUUUGAGGUUAA